AUGGCUUCCCAAUACAAAUCCACUCAAAAAUGGGAAUUUGAUACCUUCUUGAGUUUCGCAGGACAAGAUACCCGUGACAACUUUAUUAGACCUCUCCAUAAACGCCUACAAGAGACGGGAAUAAGCGUAUUCAAAGAUGAUGAGAAAGUUGGAAAAGGAAGAUUCAUUUUAACUGAACUCUUUAGCGCCAUUGAGAAUUCAAGAUCUGCCGUUAUUGUAUUCUCGGAGAAGUAUGCUUCAUCCACCUGGGGCUUGGAGGAACUCAGCAAGAUCAAUGAGCGCAUCGAAACCAAAGGACUCAAAAUCGAAAUAGCUUUGGUAGAGCACUGGCGAAACUUGAGGCGGAGCUACACGUUACUGAUUUGGAAAAGUUACCGAGGUGGAAGGACGCUCUACGCAAAGCACCCAACUUUGCAGGUCCAGAUGCUCGUAAAACUGCUAAAGGACGAAUUAACGGUUUCAUAUCAUGCACAUUUGGAUCUGGUAUGGCUAUUAGAUAUGUCUCAAAUCCAUGUCACAUUUCUUGGUGCUUUCCUCUUGGGUGAGGAAAAAUGUAUUGAACUAAUUGUGAAGGAGAUUUAUCGUUGUGUGGAAGGGGGAGUUUCAACCAUCAUAAAAUAUCAAGUUGGAAUUGAAUCCCGUGUAAAUAAAGUAGAGUCAUUGUUGAAGGUUGGAUUAGAUGGUGUUCAUUUUGUUGGAAUAUUUGGGAGAGCUGGUGAAGGAAAGACAACAGUUGCAAGAGCAAUUUUUGACAAGAUUUCUUGUCAGUUUGAAGGGUCUUGUUUCCUCACAAAUGUUAAGGGGGUUUCAAAUAAGCAUGAAACUGAAGGCCUAAAGUAUUUGCAGGAGAAUCUUCUUUUACAAAUCUUAGGGCUCGAACAUGCAGUACUGCAUCUAACAAGUGUAGAUGAAGGAGUGAAAAUGAUAAGAACAAUGCUUCGUUCCAAGAGGGUUUUAAUUGUUCUCGAUGAAGUGGAUGAUGACAAACAAUUGGAAUGCUUAGUUGGAAGGCGUGAUUGGUUUGGCGAUGGCACUAGAAUCAUUACAACUACUAGAAAUGCAGAUUUACUUCAUAGCCACGAUAAGCUAUACUCUGUCCCAGAAUUGGCUAGACAUGAGGCUCUUGAACUUUUUAGCUGUUAA